GGAGCGGGAGAGCAUUGCAGUGUUUGUUCGAGGCUUGGAGCAGGAGUUGGAAAAAAAGCAGCAAGCUGACCUGGCGGACAUUCUGAAAAAAGCCGCUAAAAAACUUUACUCUGAACGAAAAGCCUUGCAAAUCACUGCUACAUCUUCGAAUGAAGAAAGUACAGAAGCAUACUUCUAUGGGCCUACAACUGAUGAAGAUAAAGUGCAACAAUGUCGCGUGGAAAGCGCACCGGGUGGAAAUAGACCAAGUAGGGUACGACGAUGCAAAGACGGUGGGCAAGCUAGCGCACCUUAUAGAGAACCGCUCCUCGCAGGUGAAGCUCAACCUCCUAUGUCGUCGUUUCAAAGUCCUCGAACUACUCAAGCUGAGGAUUCUGCUAAUGCAACUUGGUGGAGGACUUUAUUUCCGCCUUUGUAUAACACCGAUCUCGCUAAGCGAGCCGUGACUAGUUUGACGAUUUACAGGAUACUCGGCAAGAAACGGAUCGAGUAUGACGUGCUUGGCCUAGUCCCGCUGUCUCUCAGAGAGCGAAAACUUCUGACGGAGGUGGAGGGGGACAUUUACCUAUUGCUACACUACGGUUUCGAGCUCUGGAAGUGGAAGAUGAUCACGGAGAUCAGAAAUGGAACAAAAUUGGAACUGCCACAAGAAGAACAGGAAGAAAAAUGACAACUUUUUUUUUCGAAUAAGUAAAGCAUCCGGAUGCGCGACGGGAGUCAAUGGCAUUAUUUGAUAUUCACAUUAUAAUACGCAUGCAAAUGAAAGAUGAAAGGUGAAAGAACAAGGUAACCCCAUCUCCCUGCAACCAGACAACCCCUCCCAUAACUGCAUGUACCCCACGACUGGGUAAAUUAUUAUUAUUAUAUAUUUCUUUGCAGAUGAACAGGAGGGACGAAGGAACGGAGGACGAAUACUCCAGGGUUGCGGAUAGAAACUUGCUGGGCAUGUACAACUCUAUCGAGGGAGACGAAAUAUAAGGCGGAUGGCGACUCUUCUUCACGAUUGAAAAUACGGACCACAUGAUGCUUGUAAGAUUCUUAUAAUAUUCUACUCGAUGUCAAGACGUACGGUCUAUUGACAUGCGACACACUCCACAAGUUUUUUGCAAGAACAUAUUUUUUUUUGACAAUGAGUUUUUUGAGAGUGUUGCCUACAACUCCAACAAUAGCGAUUGACCUUUCUUUUACUGGUACUAGUGUCUCAGAAAAUGCCGUUUAUUAGACGCCAUAUAAUGGCAGUUCGUGAAGAUGAAGGAGAGACUUGGAAGAAGCCUACUGCUACUGGUAUCUGCAUUAUUUGUUUCCCCUGCACUUGGAAUCUUUCGAUCUCUUGACUACUGGUCGUCGUUAGAAGACUACAGAAGUAAGAACAAUUUACAUGAUGUGUCUUAUUUUCGCUAUGCAUUACUAUCGCUUUCACUUUCUUGGUUCAUCAAGUUAUGAUUGGAGAAAUUUCGAAGUAGAUGAUCAAACGCACGAAUCAUGUCAAUCUCUGAGAUCUUUCAUAGGUUUUUGAUACGGAGAAAGAAAUGACUUUGCUCAUGCCUUUUCCACAGGACGAUGAGACUACGGGCAAGAGUUACUGCAAUUACGAUAAUAGGAUUAAAAAUAUGCCAAGGGACAGCAAGGAAGUGGCAGUGCAAGAAUGUUGACAAAAAAAAGAGAUUAUCAUCUAGGUCCAUUGGCUAGCAUUUUGAUUUUUCGUUAUCGCUUUUUGGGACCAGCCAGGGCCAUUUGGACGUGCAGCGUGAAAGGUUUUUUUUUUCGAAACAGCAUGUUGACGGGUACGGGAAUGAAAGAUCAAUUUUGUACCUCCUAGAAAAAAACUCAUAUUUUGAAACUGAAUGUUCGUGAUAUUGAUUCUGCUUUGUAAACGCAAGUGUGCGAGCUACCUGGCACUUCUGACCACUAGAUCGUAAUGUUGAUGCCUUAACUUUGAUGGCGAGGAGAGUUUGGUACUCCAAUCUGCUGUACGUUACCCUGAAACUUGAAGAAAAUGACCCCUAG